AUGGCUUCUCAUGGAAGAUUUCUUUUUACUUCUGAAUCAGUUUCAGAAGGACAUCCUGAUAAGAUGUGUGAUCAAAUUUCAGAUGCUGUACUUGAUGCUCAUCUUGCACAAGAUCCAAAUGCUAAAGUCGCAUGUGAAACUGUUACUAAAACUGGUAUGAUAAUGCUUUGUGGUGAAAUAACAUCAAAAGCUUUGGUUGAUUAUCAAGGUUUGGUACGUGGUGUAGUUAAAGAUAUUGGAUAUACUCACUGUGAAUCUGGAUUUGAUCACAAAACAUGUAAUGUUCUUGUAGCUCUUGAACAACAAUCUCCAGAAAUUGCUGCCGGUGUACAUGUUAAUAAAGCUGAUGAGGAUAUUGGUGCUGGUGACCAAGGAAUCAUGUUUGGAUAUGCUACAUCCGAAACUGAAAAUAAAAUGCCUUUGACUUUAGAACUUUCUCACAAUCUUAAUGCCAAACUUCAUGAAUUACGCCGCAACGGAACUCUUAAAUGGGUUCGACCUGAUUCAAAAACUCAGGUUACUAUUGAGUAUGAACAAACAUCUGAAGAUUUAGUUCCACUUUAUGUUCAUACAAUUGUUAUUUCUACACAACAUUCAGAAUGUGUAUCACAAGACAAAAUUAAAGAAGAUCUAAUGGAACAUGUAAUAAAAGCUGUUAUUCCAUCAAAAUAUAUUAAUGAAAAAACAAUUUAUCAUUUAAAUCCAUCAGGAUCAUUUAUUGUUGGAGGACCAAUGGGUGAUGCUGGACUUACUGGAAGAAAAAUUAUCGUAGAUACUUAUGGAGGUUGGGGUGCUCAUGGAGGUGGAGCAUUUUCAGGAAAAGAUCCAACAAAAGUUGAUAGAUCAGGAGCAUAUGCAGCACGUUGGGUUGCAAAAUCUCUUGUUAAUGCUAAUCUUGUCAAAAGAUGUCUUGUUCAACUUUCAUAUGCUAUUGGUGUUGCUAAACCAUUAUCUACUUAUGUUACAUCUUAUGGUACAUCAAAACUUACUGAAAGUGAACUUCUUGAAAUUGUUGAAUUAAACUUUGAUCUUAGACCUGGAUGUAUUAUGAAUGAACUUAAUCUUAGAAGACCAAUAUAUCGUGAAACAUCUAAAAAUGGUCAUUUUGGGCAUAGUAACUUUCCAUGGGAAAAAUGUAAAGCACUUAUCAUUCCAGAACAUCUUAAAUCUAAACUUGGACAUUAG